ACCACUCACCUCACCAUCAACACAUAACACAAAAACUUAAAGAGUGUUCUUAGAGCUAAAAUUCUUGAUAGCAUCAUGUCUAUGUUUUCGACUUGCAAUUUCAUUCCUCACACAAUCUUGUUGCAAUCUAGAGCCAGUUUGGCAACACCAAAUGAGAGACUAGCCACUGUUCGUUGCACUAAAGUUGUCCGUAAUGUGAACUUGGAGAAGUUGCGCCACAACUAUUUGUUUCCUGAGAUAGAAGCAAGGGAGCUUGAACAUAUGAAGAAGUACCCUGAUGCAAACAUCAUAAGGCUCGGGAUUGGUGAUACCACUGAGCCAAUUCCCGAUAUCAUAACUUCAAACAUGGCUGAGUAUGCACUGGCUCUUUCAACACGCAAAGGAUACAAAGGUUACGGUGCUGAGCAAGGGAACAAGGCUUUAAGGAAAGCAAUUGCAGAGUCAUUUUACAAAGGUUUAGGUGUAAAAGAUGCAGAAGUUUUUGUAUCAGAUGGGUCACAGUGUGAUAUAUCUCGCCUUCAGCUGCUUCUGGGAUCGAGUGUUUCAGUUGCUGUGCAGGAUCCUAAUUUCCCGGCGUAUAUGGAUUCAAGCGUUAUAAUCGGGCAGGCAGGAGACUUCUUAGACGAAACAUUAAAAUACCAAAACAUCGAGUAUAUGACAUGUGGGCCGCACAAUAACUUCUUUCCCGAGUUGUCAACCACAUCAAGAACUGACAUCAUCUUCUUUUGCUCUCCGAAUAAUCCUACUGGUCAUGCAGCCUCCCGAGAACAGUUGACGCAGCUCGUGGAGUUUGCUAGAAAGAAUGGAUCGAUUAUUGUGUAUGAUUCUGCAUAUUCUGUUUAUAUAACGGAUGGAAGUCCCAGAUCCAUCUAUGAAAUUCCUGGUGCAAGAGAGUGUGCUAUUGAAAUUUCAUCCUUCUCCAAGAUUGCUGGGUUCACUGGCGUUCGUUUAGGCUGGACCGUGGUCCCUGACGAACUAUAUUACGCAAAUAAGGUUCCCGUGAUAAAUGACUUUGACCGCAUCGUGUGCACCUGCUUCAAUGGUGCUUCAAGCAUUGCCCAAGCCGGUGGGCUCGCAUGUCUCUCCCCAGAUGGCUUCAAGGCAGUGAUGUCGGUGGUGGAGUACUACAUGGAAAAUGCAAAGAUCUUGGUGGAAACGUUUAGUUCACUAGGUCUAGUCGUAUAUGGCGGUGUAAACGCACCAUACGUUUGGGUGCAUUUUCCAGGAUCAAGAUCAUGGGAUAUAUUCUCGGAGAUUUUGAAGAAAGCCCAUAUAAUCACGGUUCCAGGAAGCGGGUUUGGACCGGGGGGCGAAGGGUAUAUAAGGGUUACUGCUUUUGGGCAGAGAGAAAACAUAUUGGAAGCCUCAAAAAGGUUGAGAACCAUUUAUCUUAGCUGAAGAAGAAGGAAGACCAAGGGGGUGAUUGAAUACAUAGUGUAAUAAGUAAUAAAAUGAGUCAUGUUUGAAUGUGUCAAUAAGAUCAUUUGUGUUUGCAACUUUAUCUAUACUAAUCUUAUAAGA